CGUGAGGACCCGGUAGGUGUGGUCAGGGACGCUCCGUCUCGGAGUCUUGUGCAAGUUGUUGAGGGUGUCGUGUGGAACGGCCCAAGUGGCGGCGAGCCGGCAUUUUAAACGCUGCCCACACGCGCGGCUGGGGAAACUGGCUGAGGAGGCCCACAUUAUCUCUGCUUUGUGUGCAGCUGUGCGCCUGUUUCAUCUGAUUCUGGAGGAGCAGGCACACUAACAGGAAUCGGUGACACAGGACACUAUUUGGAGAGAUACUGAUUACUUUGAAAUUUUUGACCGUACUGUUCACGCCAACCUGCCAUGGGCUGCCGAGAUGUGCACGCGGCCACCGUGCUCUCCUUCCUGUGUGGCAUUGCCUCUGUGGCAGGCCUCUUCGCGGGGACUCUGCUUCCCAACUGGAGGAAACUGAGACUCAUCACGUUCAACAGAAACGAGAAGAACCUGACCGUGUACACCGGCCUGUGGGUGAAGUGUGUCCGGUACGAUGGAAGCAGUGACUGCCUGAUGUAUGACCGCACCUGGUACCUCUCUGUGGACCAGCUGGACCUGCGUGUCCUCCAGUUUGCCCUGCCUCUCAGCAUCCUGAUCGCAAUGGGUGCCUUGCUGCUCUGUCUGAUUGGAAUGUGUAACACGGCCUUCAACUCCUCGGUGCCUAACAUCAAACUGGCCAAGUGUCUGGUCAAUAGUGCAGGCUGCCAUCUGGUGUCUGGACUCCUGUUUUUCCUGGCCGGCACCGUGAGCCUCUCCCCAUCCAUCUGGGCCAUCUUUUAUAACACUCAUCUCAACAGGAAGUUUGAGCCGGUCUUUGCCUUUGACUAUGCGGUGUUUGUCACUAUUGCUAGCUCGGGGGGUCUGUUUAUGACGGCUCUUCUUCUGUUCAUUUGGUACUGCGCGUGCAAAUCUCUGUCCUCGCCCUUCUGGCAGCCGCUGUACUCCCAUCCUCCCAGUAUGCACACUUACUCUCAGCCCUACUCAUCGCGCUCCCGCCUCUCCGCCAUAGAAAUCGACAUCCCAGUAGUUUCACAUAGCACUUAACAGAGAUAGUGUUAACCGUCACAAGUCCCUGUCGUGGCCUCACAGUCCUCUAGCGUAAGGAGCCUUUUUGGACCUGUAUACUUUUUUCCUUUGUUCUUGACUAGUCAGUGGAGCCAAAUUUAUAUAUCUUGGUAGAAUGAAAUGCUGCUAGAUUUUAUGAGGUCUGUAUUACGUUCUUCUAAAUGUGAAACAUUCCUUCUAUCUUGCUUCUAGUCCUAGAAGGGGAUUUAGCCUCCCGUUGAUGUCUGUGACGGAACAGCACGGUGAGACACAGUGCUGUUGUGCUUGAUCCUUGCGGUAUUUCAGAUCCUGUUUGUCUCUGAUGACUUAAACCGAGAAGAGCAGUUAAGUACAAGGAAUUUCAGUCAGGAGAGGAUUGCAGUUGUCUCCAGGACUCUGCCAGCUCGAGGGUAUAAUUUUGUUCUCUCUUAGGACUAAUUGCAUAGGCGCCAGUAUACUGAAGAUUACUAUCUUCUACCUCGUGUCAGUGGAAAGUGAUAUGCAUUUUAAAUGAUGUCAGAGUGAGGUUAACAUUUGACUUCUUUUUGGCUUUCAGACAGACUCUUGCUCUCUCUAGACCAGGCUGCCCUCAGACUUUUCACCGUCCUCUUGUCUGCCUCCUGAGCAAUGACUGCAGGCAUGCCCACCCAUAUCUAGCGCACCAGAAUUUUUAGUUAGAGUUAUAUUGUUGGAGUUGAAAUGUGCCAAGUGACAGGAAAGAUAAAAUCCUUUCCAGAUUCCCAUCAGUCAGGUAGUCCUCAUGCCCUGUACAAGCUUAGCGGCUAAGACAAGUGAGCAAAAGGUUGUUGAAGCCAAAUGGUUGCCUUUGAGACCUACAUGGCCGGGCUCAGGAGCCAGUUCUUUGUGACGGCAUAAGAGUCACGUGGUGGCUCCUGUGUCAAUGAGUGAUGUGCGUGGUGGCAGCUGGACCGCUCAGCUCCUGCUCCCUUUCUCCCAGCCGGCCUUUAGUCUGCCUCGCGCUGGGGUAGUGCGCUAGAGGACCCACAAAGGAGGAUGUAGCUACAUCUGUGGAAAUUCCAAUCUAAUACAGAUCAGACUGAUAACUGACAACCAGCCGAAAGGCUGCUCUUCCUGGCAGCUGGUGGACUUCUCAAGCGUUGAUCCAGGAAAAUAUUUCAGCUGAGCCGUGCCUUCCUGGCACAGCCAGCCUAUGGCACACCAGCAGCAAUGUCCUGGACACAGAUUGACAGCUGUGAUAACAGUUUCAGAUAAGGAGAACGGGAAGGCAGUGGAGAGAUUAAACGGUGCCCUUUCUACCUCGGAGAUUAAGAUGAUGCAUUAGAGAGAGACGGGUUGUAAAAAUGUCUCCUGAUGUGCUAUCAAGUGGAAGAAAGCACAUUGAUACUGAAGUAACACUAAGUGACAUUAAGAGUUGUUGGUCUUAACUCUUGGCGGUUUGAGCUGCUCAACUGGUAUACUUUCAGUGUACUAGCACUGUGUAAGGAUUGUGGUAUAUUAUACUUGCAGAUUUUUACAAGCGGCUGAUUUUGUGAUAAACAGUUCAUGACGCCUCUUUUGCAAAUCUGAGUGUUUCUAUAGAGAUGUGUAGUAGUUUUCCCUAAGUCCAGCACUACUUCAUGUAGGCAAGUAAAGCCGAUUGUAUAAUUUCUAAAUGCUGUCAUUACAAAGCAUGCACAUCUAUGGUUUUUUAAAUUAUCGCUUUGAAUCUUUAUCACCUCUGGUUCUUCUCAUUCAUAGAUAUAGCUAAGUAUUGAUCAUUCCAAGACAAUGGCAGCUCAAUUUCGAGAUUCGUAUUAGUUUUUCUCCUUUGUUAGUUAGUCUUAGUUUUUCUCUCACUAAACUGUUGUUCAAAAGGGCCAAGAAUUCCACCAUCCCUUGGUUGUAGUAUAAAGAGUUAAAAGUAGGGCCAGGCAUGGUGGCUUUUGACAUUAAUUCCAGUACUCAGGAGGCAGAGACAGGUGCAUCUCUCUGGACAUCCUGGUCUCCAUAGCAAGUUCCAAGCUGGUCUGAGGUAUACAGUGAGACACUGUCUCAAAAAACUUAAAAAAGAGGAAAAGAAAGCAAGCGGACUGACUCACUCAGCAGUGAGAACACAUUUGCGGCUCCCAGGGUUGCACUGCAAACGUGAAGCUUUCUUAGCAGAGUCUCUGGCAUCAUUAUCUAUAGCCUCCAAUUAGUAUUUGUUAUGAAUUCACUCAGGAAGAGAAACAGCUGUUUCUAUUGUCAUUUUGGUGCGGCAGGUUUGGCAUAAAUAGCUAUUUUGUAAAGCCAUCAAAGGAAAGCAUGCACUCACAGUCCUUCCAGCCCCUUGAGCACUCCUGGGGCCAUGUGAGAUAGGGUGGAUAACUUCUUUCGUUGUUUAAAAGCUGUUCAUUUUAAAGGCCUUCUAAGGAGCCAGCUUGGUCCACAGCCUCAAAUGUGAGAUGGGACACCCGGCUUGUGUUGUCCAGCUUCAGAAAAGAAUCAAUUCACUCUGCUCGUCUAUGUGCCCUGUGAUGGCUAGUGUGUGCUGUAAACCACACGGUAAAAACCUCAGUGGGCGUGGUGUGCUGCCUCAUGGUUAUUAAAAGAUGUAUUUUUACAA